GCUCCGCCUCUCGUGUCUGAUUUCCGGUCAAGAGGAAGAAGCCAACUUUGAAACUAUGAUGUUGAACAAAACAAGCUGCGGCUCGAGGAGCUUUCUGAAGCUGUUUAACCCCCAAACAGUCGCUUAAAUGGCGGCGGUUGGACUCGGUUAUCGAACACACUCAGUUUUAUUUUAAUGCCGCGUGUUAAACGUCAGCUCCUGCCGCUGUGAAUGUCUGUCGCUAGCUGUCAGUAGCUAGCUGUCAGUAGCUAGCUAGCAGUGAUGUCGCGGACAGAGCGCCAGGGUCAGGUGGGAGACCUGACGCAGAAGAGAAGAGAGGAGCUCCAGGAUCUGCUGCUGCGACAGGAGAAGAUACUGUCCAACCAGAAGUUAUUGCGGUCUCUUCCUGAUAAAGGUAAAAGGAUAUCGGAGUUUGCUGAGAAAGUGCGUCUUGCCAUUGAACACCACGAUGAAGAGGACAGGAGACAGAGCUUGGUGUCUGCUGCCAGGAUGGAGUUACAGUCCAAGUACCAGCAGAAAUGUGUUGAACCCAACACACCAGCAGCACAGCCGAACAGACAAAGUGAAACUGCAGCAGGAAGUGUGGUACAUGAGAGGGAGACCUCACCUGUCUCCGCUCACGUACAGGAAAAGACCACUUUGGACAAGCAACAGGACCAGUUAGUCUCCAGAGCAGUUGCUGGUGAAACCAUGGAGACGGCUGCUGCUGGGGCCUCUCUGAACUCUGAAGAGACAAAAGAGGGUGACCUUGUUGAGGCCUUGGAAAGGGUCAGACUGUCUGAAUCUAGUACUGGUUUCAGUAGCAAGUCCAAAGAGAGAGACAAUCCUUUUCUCAGAAUGCAGACAGAAAGAAAGCCUCACUAUAUAACUCUCAUGGAAAGAACAGAGACGACUUCAGCUCCUAGGAGGCAGAAAUUUAAAACAAAUCAGCUGCUACACAGAAGUGACAUUUCUUCAUCAGGGUCCUCGUCACCCGGCCAGUCCACUGAAGGCUUGUUGCCGCUCUCCAUCCAGGACAGGAAGGAGAGAGACAGAAAACACUUGGACGACAUCACUGCUGCCAGACUGCCCCCACUCCACUACAGCCCAGUUCAGCUUCUGUCUCUGGAAGAGUCGGCCGUCCUUUUGAAUGACCAAACCAAGAAGCAGAAGGAGUUGCAGGCCAAGCUGGCAGCCCAGAAACUGUCUGAGGGAUUGAAGAUCUCUAUGGGGAGCUACUCUCCUGACGUUGGCCCCAUGGCUGCCUACAGAGAGGUUCAUGAUGAAGGAGCCCUGCCCUCCUCAGAGGAAGACUGAUCCUGGAAGGCUGGAGCUGGGGAAACCAGUGUGACCUUGGCCCUGAGGAAAACGGGCUUUGGACCCUGCAAUCAGGACCCAUCAAACAGGACUUUCUCUCCAAGGACAGGAAUUCUUAACAGAGAAAAAGGGCUCUUUGCAUGUUGUGCAGGCAUAGUGAGUAUCCCAGACUAGGGAAGUUGAGUGGCAGGUUGGGAAACAAGCUCACUAAAUAGUCAUUCAGGUCGUUUGGUGUCCUGCAGAAAUAAUAAUACCUGUGGUUGGCCAGGAGUCUUAAAUGCUGAAUUUGAAGCAUGUGCAUUAUUUUGUGGGAAGUGCCUCUCGUCAGUAGACUUAAACCAAUUUUGUGACUCUGAGCCUCAGAGUAUUGUACAUUGAAAUUUAUAUUUUGAUGUGUUUAUAAUGACAUGUUUUUAAAGCUCAUCUACACGUGGAUCAGACUGUUCUGGGACAAUUAUGACUAAAGAAUUUGCAACUGAAUUUAAUAAACACACCUGAUUCCCUCAA